CCUAAAAAUAAUUUGUCUUUCUAACCCAAGUGCUCCUUCCGUCUCCCUUCUUCUCUACGUUUUCACCUGAAGUUCUCUUGAAUAAUCUUGAACCUUCGCGAGCUCGUGCUUUCCUUCGCAAUUUACAAACAUACUUUUGAUAUAGAAACAAAGAUAGGAUGAUGUUAUAGACAAAGAUACUCGAGAAAAAGAAGACCAAAAAAUCAGACGAUCAAGAGCGAUGUCGUAUAGAGAGAAAAUGGGGACUGGAUCGGCAUUUACGGGAAUGGUGAAGCAGGCGGAGCAACUGAGAUUAGAUGGAAACCUUUACUUCUCUAAGGAUCGUUUUGGAGCUGCCAUUGAUGCUUACACUGAGGCGAUUACUCUCUGCCCUAACGUGCCUAUAUAUUGGACGAAUCGCGCUCUUUGUCAUCUCAAGCGGAAGUAUUGAUUGGACAAAACUUGAAAACGACUGUCGGAAAGCGAUUCAGCUUGACCACAAGUCUGUUAAGGGCUACUAUAUGCUGGGACUUGCAUUGCUAAAGAAAAUGGAAUAUUCUGAAGGAGUCAAAGAAUUGAAAAAGGCAUUGGAUCUUGAGAGGGGUGCAGACUCCAAGGGUUAUAUGGUAGAGGAAAUCUGGCAGGCGCUUGCAAGAGCAAAAUAUUUGGAGUGGGAGCAAGCAUCUAGCAAACGUUCAUGGGAAUUACAAAGCUUGAAGGAAGCUUGUGAGGCAGCUCUUGAAGAAAAGUAUGUUCUUGAUAUUUCUAGAGCAGAGGAAUCGUCAGAUGAAGCUACUACUAAUCAUUUGAGACACAUGGAGGCUCUAAGAGAAGUAUUUAGUAAAGCUGCAGAAGCUGACACGCCUAAUGAGGUGCCUGACUAUCUAUGUUGUAAAAUUACACUUGAUAUUUUUCGUGAUCCUGUCAUUACUCCAAGUGGACUUACAUAUGAGAGAGCAGUGAUCCUUGAGCAUCUUCAGAAGGUGAUAGUGGGUGACUUUGAUCCAAUCACAAGGGAACCACUCGAUCAAUCCCAGCUAAUACCAAACUUGGCAAUAAAGGAAGCAGUUCAUGCAUUUCUAGAUAAACAUGGUUGGGCAUACAAGACAAGUUGAAAUUUAGUUGCAUUGAUGUGCUCAAUGUGUGUGGACUAUUGGAGCAGAGUCAAGUUUUUAGACUUCUGGUAUGAGUGCCUUGUUUAAAGUUCUGUAUGCAUCAUUGAAUUUUUGAUCAUGUUUGGUACUUAUGUAAUGUGGCUUCAAUGUGCAUUGCAAUAAUCCUAGGCAUAUGCGAUAUCAGAUGAUCCUUUGAAUUGUACAGAGAUCUUUAUAUACCAUUGAGUUCCUAACUUGGUAUGUUGUACUGAAUUUUAUUGAAUCAUAUGCAUAAAGUUAAGUACCAUGAAAA